UUGAGUUCGUCCUCCUACUCAGCUAUAUAAUUCUCUCAAAACUCUCUCUGUGAAACUCACCUGAUAAAAAAACAAAGCAAGCAAUGAAUACCCUACAACAUCAACAAGAUGAUGGUCACAUAAUAAUGUUUCCGUACAUGGCACAAGGCCAUAUCACUCGAUUUUUAGCCUUGGCAAGAUUCAUCUCUCAAAGAAAGCCAAACAUCAAAAUCACAUUUGUCAGUACUCCUCUCAACAUAAGACGCCUUCAAUCAGCCUUAACUUCAGACAAGAACAUUCAUUUAGCUGAGCUUCCUUUCUCAAGUGCUGAUCAUGGGUUACCAGCCGAUUCCGACAACACCAAUUCUUUACCACCUCAUCUUAUCUUAACACUCUUAUACGCAUCAGAAAAUCUGAAACCUUUAUUCGACAAUCUUAUAACACAAAUCAUAGCAACUGAGAAACGUGUUCCUAAUUGUAUCAUAGGCGAUACUUUGUACGGCUGGGUUCAUGAUAUUGCUAAACGUGUCGGGACGCUUCAUUUUGCUUUUACUUGUGGUGCGUAUGGAUCGGCUAUGUUUAUCUCAACCUGCUUACAUCUCCCACAUCGCAGGGAUGAUAGUUCCAAUGAUCUUAUUGAAGAAUUUCAGGUACCCAAGGUCCCUGGUAAAUGUCGACCAUCUCAACUUCCGGUGUAUCUAAGAGAAGCAAAUAAAGAAACCCCACAUGUUCAAUAUUUCCGGAAACAGCUUUCUUGUACGUUGCAAGCAGAUGGAAUGUUAUGUAACUCUGUUGAAGAGAUAGAAGUUGUGGGUUUGGAGGCUCUUAGAAAUAUUGUGGAGUCAAAACCAGUUUGGACCGUUGGUCCUUUACUUCCUUCGUAUUUACUUCAGGGUAAUAAUCAGAAUAAGAACAAGGUGUCCGUUGCUUCUCAGUCAAGGACAGGGAAGGAGUUUGGGAUAUCUCCAGAGAGUUGUAUAGAGUGGUUGAAUCUUCAUGAACCAUCUUCAGUUCUAUAUAUUUCAUUUGGCUCUGAAUCCGCAAUUAACGCUUCCCAAAUGAUGGAAUUAGCUCUGGGUUUGGAGAAAAGUGGCAAGUCUUUUAUCUGGAUACUAAGACCACCGAAUGAAUUCGAUAUAAAAUCUGAAUUCAAAUCGGAAUGGUUACCGGAAGGAUUUUUUGAGAGAAUGAAUGAGAGCAACAAAGGGUUGCUAGUCAAAAAAUGGGCGCCCCAACUGGAGAUAUUAAGUCAUAAGUCUACAGGAGCAUUUCUUAGUCACUGCGGAUGGAAUUCAGUGUUGGAGAGUUUGAGUCUAGGGGUGCCUAUAAUUGGAUGGCCUUUAGGAGGAGAACAAGCUUUUAAUUCAAAGAUGUUGGAAGAAGAACUGGGGGUGUCUGUGCAAUUGGCUAAUGGAAAUGAAGAUGAAGUAUCGAGUGAAGAUGUGCAGAAAGUAAUUGAACAAGUGAUGGAUAGCAGUGAAGGAGAAGAAAUGAGGAAGAGGGCAAUGGUGAUUGCGGAGAAAAUUAGUGCUGCGAUGAGAGAAGAUGAAGGUGGUCAUCUCAAAGGGUCUACUAUUAGAUCAAUUGAUGAUUUCCUUGCAACUGUAACUUCUAAAUAAGUAUCUGUAUAAGAAGUUGCAUUGGUUGAAUAGAGUUCUUGACGACAUACCAAGAAUAUUUGUAAACAGACUUCCAUACAUUAUACAUAAUUUGUCUUGCGUAA